UGACACGUGUGUUUUCUCUUAUUGUUGUUUGUUGUGCGUGAAGUGUUGUGAACCGAUGAGCUGAGAGUUGUCGCGAUUGUUGGGAUGAAUUUCACUCCGACUGUGUCGACUCUCGCGUCGACACAAUUAUAAUUUUAAAAUUAAACCUGUUUAUAGCUUUAUGGGCGAAGUACUGCCCGGUGCCAGCAGCUUGAAAGAAGAAGAAAAAGAAGAAGUAGACUCUCGUGUCUCUCAUCAUGUAAUAUUAUGUCCGCCCUGUGCGAUCCCUUUCCCAAGGCGAGCGUGGCGGAUCCGCAGGACGAGCGGGCGAACGCGAGGCUGAUGCGAUUUCUGGAGACGCGUAUUCGAAAGAGAGACCUGCUGCAGGAGGACCUGCACGAGAAACAGAAUCAUUUUAGAAAUAUAUUAGUGGAACUGGAACAUGAAAACGCGUUUUUAAGACGUGAAAACAGCCAACAGAAGGAGAUGAUAUCUACGUUGGAGGGUCGUGUAUAUAAGUUACAGAACAAUAUCGAUGGCUUGCUUUACAAACUGAACGAUGCUUGCGACGCUUUAAGAAAUAUACAGCAAGAAUUGAGGAAUAAGGACAGGCAACUCAAGGAACACAUUCUAGAGAAACAAAAAAUAAUCCAGAGAUGCAACAUUAAAAUACAAGCGGAGAGAGAUAGAAUGACCAAGGAAAUGGAGAUGAAAUUGAAGGAACAACGUGAGCGGUUGACGAGCUACAUUAAGAAGAAGGAUGACAAAAUGAGAUUGGUCAGGCAAAUAUUGACUUCGGCUCGUAAAGAUACGUCCGAUAAUGUCGCCCCGACAUCACCGAUAGCCUCGAGUUCGAGAGUAGAGACGACGGAAAAAACAAAUGUGAUGAUAUUCCAGGAAGAACCUUCUACGGUGACGUCAAUCAAUCUUCAAGCUUCCAGAAGCCCUCGUGGACAACUCCGCCAGACGUCUUGUCAUGCAAGAAUCGUUUCCAAUGGUACCAAUGGAAAAGCCACAGAAGGACCAAGCUCGUCGUUGGCCAAAGAAAAACCUUCUACAGUGACGUUCAUCAAUUCUCAGAUCCCCGGCUCUCAUGGCCAAAUCUGCCAGACAUCAAAAGACGCGGUAGUGUCUCGUGGCAAGCUCUCGUGCAGCGAUCGCUUAAAACGACGGUUAUCCUUAUGCGCGAGAACCAAUUCUGACGAUGUCCAAAGAAAGGCCACGAAGCAACCAAUCCUGAUGACGGAAUCUUCCAUGCCUUCGGACUCGAAAACCGAGAUUUCGGAGGAACCAAAUCCAACGACGCCCCUUGAUUCGCCAUCGUCAUUCACGAUUGCGUCGACCGAUACCACGAUUGAAACCAAAACAAAAAUGAAUACAAAGAUUCCAGUAGUAAACCCCAGAUACCAGCGAGUGCAAAGUCUAGGUAAAUGGAUAGAUCAUCGUCCUACCGGGAUAGUUCCGACCGGUACGAUUUUACAACCGCGAACGCAGUCUCAUAACCGAACCAUCCGAAAGUUGAUGAAUCCGAAAGAUUUUAUGGCCAGAUCUUCCAGGUACUGCCUCCUCUCGCAGGAACAAGACGCGGACGGCGAACUUGAGACCAAAUUGUACAAGGCCAAUGUAUUGCCGACUUGUGGAGGAGGGGCGCAGAUAGUAUUUAACGAUAUAGAAUGCUUGAAGCAGAUAUCUCCACCCAGCGCAAAAAAAAACGUAAUGGACAGAUAACUGGAAAAUAAUCCGGUAAACACAUAAGUCUCGUUUAGAUUGACAGAAAUCUUUGUAAGCUCCGAGAUAUAGUUUACGAGACAGUUGCAGAGUUGAUAUUGUUUUCUUAUUUAUUUCUUGUUAUCUAUUUAACAGAUAUAUUUGAGAGUGCCAUUUUAGUUACUCGUUUUCCAUAUAGAUACCUUGGAAUUCGCGCGGUUGACAUCGUUUUGUAGAAGGCUAAAUGUCCUAAAUGUCAGAAAUAAUAACAAUUUAUUUUUCUCUCGCUUUCAAGUGUCGUAAAGCGAUAUCUGACGCUUCAAUUCCAAAGUAUCCAUAUAUCGUAAUUUAUAAGCUGGAAGACGGAUUCUGUAAACGUCGAGAUGAUGAACUAGAAAGAAAGACUGUAAUGUUAUCUUACACAUGUAAUAAAGCUGCACAAAAAACGUU